GCAGUGAGGCGAUACAAGGUCGACAUCUUCAUGGGGGGCCGCGACGGCCACCUGGGCGACUACGAGGCACCACGCAUUGGCAGCCAGGGCUUUCCCGAGCCAACGAAUGCCAACGGUGAAAGGAUUAUUGCAUUCGCAGCAGCUGCGGGCAUGGAGGAUCACAUACCUGUGCUUGCGUCUCUCCACUGGACGGCCAACGGUUUCAACAAGUCCGCUGGUCCAAGACCAGACAUGACCAAGCUCAAGGCUCCAGAGGCGCACGCAGUGUUCAAGUCGAUCCUGAAGCAAGCGCCCACCAUCCCGUGGGCAGAGGAUGUCAACGCCCAUUGCGAGAAGGUUUCCAAGACGAUCAAUGGCGCGGCGCUUCAAGCCUUGGGACCAGCAGCCAGAGCGGCGCGCAAGCCCUACAUCACGACG